AUGAAGAUUAUCCUCAAAUCCAUCGGGGGGAAAGAAUACGAGAAGGAGGUGAAGGAGGAUUCUACAAUCUGGGAUAUCAAGAAACUCCUUGAGGAAGACUAUCUACCAGAAAAACUGCAUUUGUGUUACAACGGAUCUAUUUUAGAGGAUGCAAAGACUAUCACCGACCUUGAAUUGAAAGAGAAUGCAGUCCUCAUCAUCGCGGGAAGUAAGAGGAAGAUUCAGAAGCCUGAGCCCAAAACAGACUCUGCCGCGCCCAAGCCAAUUGAAAAGGCAUCAUCUUUGAAUGAACCCAAGACGACCAGCGAAGCGACGACCGACAAAGAAAAUGCAAAGGAAUCUUUGACAGAUGCGAUAACGUCAGAACUGUUUUCUCGUAACACAGGGGGCCCGCAAUUGAACCCAUCAGCGGAAAGUCCGGCGCCCAGUCAAGGGAUUGACACGUAUGGUGUGGACCCCGUACUCAUUGAACAGAUUGUAGCUAUGGGGUUUUCCGACCGCCGGGAGGUGGCAACGGCUCUUCGUGCAGCGUUUAUGAAUGUCGAGCGUGCGGUUGAAUAUCUCUGCACAGGUAUGCCUAGCAGCAGUGUAGAGGAGUCAACUGGGGCAGGGCCCGCUCAGUCUGGAGGGGUACGUGAAUCAAUACCAUCACCAGAUCAACGUGUUCAAGGAGACUCAGACCUUCAAAGAGCGUUGAUGAACAUCCCCCAGUUUGAGGAAAUCCGUGCAGUGGUUCAGGGCAAUCCUCAGGCUUUGGCAACUGUUGUAGAGCAACUUCAAUUACACCACCCAGAGAUUAUUGAGAUGGUGCAACAGAAUCCUGAAGAAUUUAUGUCUAUCAUGUUGGGCAACUCGGUUACAAGAGUUCCAGCAAGUGGCGACGCUUCCACUCCUGCUGUGCUUCCUCUCGGGCCAAACGAGCGGGCUGCCGUCCAGCGCCUCGUCCAGCUCGGCGGUGGUUCGUGGAACGAAUAUGAUGCCAUUGAGGCGUACCGUGCAUGCGAUGAAAAUGAGGAAGCAGCAGCCGAUCUACUGCUAAACAGCUUUUUUGGUGAUUAG